AUGUUAGAAAAGCUUGAACCAGUGCGUGUGGCGGCUACUAGCGAGGCGGAGAAUUUGGGACACAGUGUACUACAAUUGGUAUCGUAUGCUGAGCCCCUCGUGUCAGGCGCAAGUGGAGCUGCUUCAAAUUUGACAGAGUCGGCCGCACAGUCAGGGCUGUUGCAGCACGCUAGGACCGUUCUUGAGACGCUGUCAUUACUCGUGCAAGCGGCUAAACAAGCUGGUGGCAACCCUAGAGCGAUUAGUGCCCACGGCGAAGUCGAAGCGCAGUGCCAGCUGGCCCGUGCUGCGCUAAGCGAGCUGACUGGCCAAGUCCGCGAGCUGAGCACGCAGCGAGGCGCGGUUGGUCCCUUGCUGGACUCCGUAGCGAGAGCUGUCGCUAGGCUUACUGAACACAGAAUGUCGCUGAUCGGCAGCUACGAUGAGACAGAAUCCUUCGUCGACUACCAGACAAGGAUGGUUGCUGCUGCUAAGGAAAUUGCUCGACUAGCUUCGGACAUGACGGCAAAGGCGGCAACAGAACCAUCUCGCUUAGUGGAGAUCGGCAACGAAAUGUGUCAAAAGUACGAAAAGCUGGCCGCAGACAGCGUUGGUGCUUCCGCAACUACUCCCAACGCAGACAUUGCUAACAGGAUUCGCGUAUGCGCCGUGGAAGUGGGCGAAGGUGUUUCUGAAGUGGUUCGCGCCGGUGGACACUGCAGACUAGCUGCCAUUGCGCAGAAUCAACGCGCAGUUGCUGAUAACGCGAGACGUCUAAAUGAGAAGGUCGUGUCUCUACUGAGUGCCCUUCAAGCGGGCUCCCGUGGAACCCAGGCGUGCAUUGACGCAGCGGCGACCAUUGCGACAAUUAUUGGCGAUCUGGACACAACUAUCUUGUUUGCUAGCGCUGGUACUCUUCAAUCGGAGAAGGAAGGCGACACAUUCUCAAACCACCGUGAGAAUAUCCUGAAAACGGCCAAGACAUUGGUAGAGGAUACAAAGAGUCUAGUCGGUGGAGCUGGCGGGACACAGGAACAGCUGGCUUCGGCUGCUCAAAGCGCUGUUGGAACCAUCAUGCAACUAUGCGAAGUGGUAAAACAAGGAGCUAUGUCGCUCGGUGGUGGUAGUGCUGAGCCCCAAGUGUUAGUGCUUCACGCCGCUAGGGAUGCAGCCGCUGCCCUUCGGGAUCUUGCUGCUGCUACGGCGGCUGCAAGUGGAAAACACGUACAUCAUCCAGAUAUGGACAGAUUGAAACAUGCAGCUAAGCGUCUGUCAGAUCCGAAGCGAUGGAGCCUCCCUCUCAAAACCAACACCAUCCCCAAAGCUAAAAGACGGUCUAUUAAUAUAAAGGAUUACAACUCGUGUGAUUCUGAAACUGAUAUUUUCCAAUCCGACCAAGAGGAGGAACUUAUCAAACUCCUAGACUAUUCGAGUCAAGAUGACGAUAUAUCACCAAGUAUAUUUCACGAUAGUUGUGAAGAACUUAUUGCAUAUAUCGAACAUCUUAUGCUUCAACCUACACCGAGAGAAAUAAAUGAUGAUGUUAACGCUAGGUAUAAUAAUGCAGCUAGAAAUAGCCUGUUCGAUAUGGACUGGCGCGUGUUGAAAUAUGGAGAGACUAUUUUCUUAGCUGAACUACGAAAAAUGAUAGACCUAUGUGUGGACGUGGGCAAUAAAAUAGAAAAUAAAAGAAAACGGCACGCAAAGGCUUUAGAAGUAGUCACAACUGAUUUGGAUUGUGAAAUGAAAAGAUUAUCGCAAGUAGUUGAAGAUUUAGAUUGGCAAGAUACUGUCAAUGAAAAUUUUACUACAAAAACUACUACAAUAGAAACUACUGUAAUCAAAAGAUCCAAAUUAGAGAAGCCAAAGCUAAAAAGUCCUGUAUUCAAAGUAAAGAAAGUUAAACCUGUUAAUCUAAUAGUUAAUUUAGAUGUUAAAAGUCACGAUAUAACAUCCAUGGAACCAUAUUCACCUGACAAAACUGCAGAAAGCAGUCCAAAGUCACCAGAGAGCAACGGAAUCAGUACUAUCAAUAGAAAACAGUUUUGGAAUAUGUUUAAAAACGAUACCGAUUGGUGGAAAGCAUUAGCGCAAAGAAAUUUAGAAAAAAUGGAAGAGACUAGGCGUGAACUAGAGCGAUUUAGUGGCCACGAACUAGUUUUGGGCGAAAUUCAAACUGAAAUUGACAAAUAUGAGAAGGAAAAACACAUACUUCGUAGUUUCAUAGAAGAAGUGGACUUAUCCAAAACGAUUAAUAAAGAUCUUGAAUACAAUAAAAAGUAUGAAGCUAUAGUUUUGAAAUUAAUAGAUUUCGCCAAAACAGACUUCAAUUUCAAAGGUUUUGAUCCUCUCAUCCUGAAACUGAAAGAACUGUCCAAUAUUGAGAUAGAAGAGAGAAAGAAAAAAAUAAAAAUCGAAGAUAUAUUGAAGAUGUAUUCACAGAUCGAUAUUACAAAAUACACGUAUGAAGAAUUGUGUUUAUUAGAAAAGUAUUAUAAGGAAAUCAUAAAUAAAUAUAAGCUCCAAGAAGUUGAUAAAGAAAAUGUUUUCCCGAUGGCGCGUAACGAUGCAAAAUCGCCAACGUAUAACAAAAAUGUAAUACUCAAUGUACAUUCCAGUCAGAACGUAACACGAAACGUUAACCAGACAAUAUAUAAACACAAUACAAUAGACAGAAAAAGAGAGGAACACUCGCGGAACAACGUAGAAAUGUACGACAUCACACGCACGUACCCGUUAGAAUAUUAUGCGAACAACUGGUGGUCGAUAUACGAGGACGUCGUAAAGAAUAGAGAAAAGCAGUUUGGAAGCAUCGAUAACUGGUGGAACUUUUAUGAGGCAGUGCUAAACAGGAAGGACACUAGCGCGGAAGAUUUGAAGAGAAUUCAGCAGAUAAUGGCCUGUCGAAGCCGAUCGAGACCAAAUAGUCGGAUGGAGGAGCAGCUUAAAAUGCUGGACGAGGUCGAUAACACGCGGUUCCGCGAGAGCGAAGCUGUGUCAACCAGUGGAAACGAAUCGGUGAUGGUUACAAAUGUGACGUCACUACUGAAGACAGUAAAGGCCGUGGAAGACGAACACACUCGUGGUACAAGAGCUUUAGAGUCCACCAUAGAAGCUAUAUCGCAGGAGAUAGAGGUCUUGAUGUCUCCAUCACCGCCGAAAGGCAGUGGAUCGCCCGAGGAACUCGUUCGUUGUACGCGCCUAAUGACAGCCGCAACAGCGCGCGCUGUGGCAGCUGGGGGUGUUGGCGGAGCAGCCGGUCAGGACCAGUUGACGGCGGCAGCAAACCUUGGAAGGAAGACAGUUUUGGAUAUGCUCACUGCUGCCAAGAGCGCCGCCCAUUCGGCUGAAAGUGAAGAACUAAAGAUGCGUACAUUGGAAACGACACGCGUUGCUGCUGAGGCGUACCGCUCGCUGCUCACCGCACUUCUAAAUACGCCUUCGUCGCGACACGCACUGCCCGAGCUGUCGCGUAAUGUGGCACACGCAGUCGCCGAUAUGUUGGCGGCCGCUGAUUUGCUCAAAGGAUCAGAUUGGGUGGAUCCAGCGGACCCCACAGUGAUUGCGGAGCAAGAACUACUCGGUGCAGCUGCUUCCAUCGAUGCUGCUGCGAGGAAACUGGAGAAAUUGCGUCCCAGGAUGCAACAGACACAGGAAACCGACGAAAACCUAAACUUCGACGAGAUGAUAUUGGAAGCGGCUAAGUCCAUUAUUGCUGCUACUUCGGCGUUGGUGAGAGCCGCUUCUGCGGCGCAAAGGGAGCUCAUCGACCAGGGUAAAGUCGCUCGUCGGCCCACGUCAUCUUCCGACGACGGACAAUGGUCCGAAGGUCUAGUGUCAGCAGCGAGGUUGGUUGCAGCUGCUGCGCAUGCGCUGGUCGAGGCUGCUAAUGCACUUGUACAGGGCGCAGCCUCUGAAGAACGUUUGAUUUCGAGCGCAAGGCAGGUCGCCUCUUCCACUGCACAGCUACUCGUCGCAUGCAAGGUGAAAGCUGACCCGACGUCCGAGUCGACCCGUCGUCUGCAAGCCGCCGGGGCUGAAGUCAUACGUUCCACCGACAAUCUGGUUCGCGCUGCUCGCGACGCUAUACAUUGCGAUGACGAGCGAUCUCUCGUUCUCAACAGGCGAAUGGUUGGCGGUAUUGCGCAAGAGAUUGAUGCAAGAUCCGAAGUGCUCCGUAUAGAGAAAGAGCUCGAAGAAGCGCGUGGUCGACUGACCGCCAUCAGACAAGCUAAAUACAAGUUGCGCGGUGACACGUCGGGAGACGACACGGAUACGGAUCACGGUCACGAGCCUCACCACAGAUUCAAAUCGCCAACCAGCAGUUUUGCGAAUACAACGUACAGCCCAAACAGCACGUACACAACUCACAACGCCACACAAAAUAUAACACAAAACACAACCAACCUUUCCACCCACAUAUCUAACCUGUCUCAAUCGAUCGGUUCACCCGGUUUCCCUUCGCCCGGUUACCAACAAAACACAUCCGGCUACCAACGUGCGACCUCACCCGGUUACGCCACCUCGCCCGGCUACCAAUCGAAUGGCUACGCGAAAGAGAGGGAAGACAAGACCGCCCAGAGUCCGUCCUUUUCCAGUUUCCGACCGCAAGACGAAACGCCUAAGCAGAACUACGAAGGUUUCACGACCCGGACGAGCAUGUCAGAGGAAACGGUUGUCGUCAAGUCGUUGCGUCUGCCCGAGGUUCGGACCGCGUAUCUGGUAGACGGGGAGCGCGUUAGCUACCGGCGAGAGAAACCGCCGCCCCCGCCCCGGCGGAUCUCCCUCCUAAAUUACGAGACCCGCCUAUACGACACUCCGCAUCCUGUACACGAAUAUUACUCGAAAACAGACGAACAGAGGCAAUUCGAAAGCAAUCAGUACUUUAAGGAGGAGAAGUACGGAUACGACGCUCCCAAAGUCCCAAAGUCACCGAUGAGCCCCAAAUUCAACGCCCGCGAUCUUAAGUUCGAUGACAAACCAGAACCCAUUUACUCCUCUCUCAGAAAAUCUAAAUCGCCACUAGAUGGCGUUGGCCAAACCUUUAGCGAACACCACAAAUCUACAGAAGCUAUCCCCGGUGGGACUAAACAUUCAGAGUACUCGGUAAAGAGUGAAUCCUAUCAGAGCUACCCUAAAACGGAGUAUAUGAAAACGGAAACUAGACAAGAAGUCAAAUCGCCUUUCGCAACGUCGACGCCUUCCAAAUUCGAUAAAGAAUUCUCAGAUUUCAAACCUAUGGACGUGGUCAAGGCUCCGACGCCAGAUUUUGAGAGAAUUUCGUCUCCGUACGGUAAGGAGGUUCACAGCUACGGUGGUCCGAAUUUCCUCGAGGAAACGACCACCGAAGUUAAAGAAAUACCCAAUGGCACCCAAAAAAUAACUACCACCAAAAUAUACAGCUCUUCCCCUGUCAAUUUGACCAGCACAAACACAAAAUACGAACCCGUGAAACUGGAAGGAAUCGACGAAUUGUCGAAAAUCGAUACCGAUUCGCGUUACAGCACUCUGGAUUCACGCUUCAACACGUUGGAGUCGAAAUUAAGUUCCGACACCAGUCGUUCGUUCAUGCGACCCUCCGAAUUCCAAUCAGAAUUUCAUACCAGCGUCAAAACUAAAAAGCCAUCGGACCUUGUGAAAGAAAUCGAUAGUAUGGACAAGAAAUUCUCGAAGCAAACGAUAACAUCGGAGACGAUAGAAAGGAAGUCCGUGAUGACCAGCUCCCACAAAUCGGAGACCAGCUCGACCGUCACCAAGAAAUUCGGCAACUUCUAA